AUGUCACUGCAGCAACUUAUUUCCCUAAAAGCUUAAUGAACCAACAGCUCAACAUUAUAAUAGUCAUUUUCUACAGCCAAAAAGGCAAAAUUAAACAAAAUAAAGACCUUUAAAAUGUGCUAAACUCAGUGGCCUAUCUUCUUGUUACCUUCAUGUAAAAAGGUGUUCCUCUUGGCUCUAUAAUAAGGCCAACACUUUUUAAAAUGUUUAUUUUUUAGUCCAUAUAUCCUAUCCCUGUCAACUUUGUCUUGCUAUAAAUGAUUUUUUUUAUUAUUUUAACUGAUGAAAACUUUUACUUUAAGUUUCUUUUAAUGUCAUUUUUUUAUUUUUUUAUUUUUUUAUCUCAAACUGCAGCUGCCCUGUUCUCAUUUCACACAAUGAAACAACUUCUGUCACAUAAAAUAUAAUGAUUGGAGUUAAGUGCUUUUCAACUUAUGGUGGUUUGCAGAUGAUUUGCAUUUGAUAAGCUGAAUUUUGGUCAAAGGAGAUCAAAGAUUUAGAGAUUUUCUUCCUAACAAUCGCUGUUAUCCAAGUUCUCGUUGCUUUACUUGUGUUGCAGCCACCUGUUUCUAUCCUCUCACCUCUGCAAAUCAAAUUUCACUCUCAUUUCCAUUGGUUGCUAAAAUUCCUCUCCUCCCUCUCAAACACACUCACACACUUUCUCUCCCUCUCUCCCAAUAAAUACUGAGCAUCUCUCAGUUUAAUCCGCAUCCAACGAGGUUAUCCGGAAGGAAACAAAUCAAAGCCGCUUGAUGGGUCUAUAAGCCCAACCAAAGGAUCAUUUAAUACAAACAGAAGACUGAAAGAGAGAGAGGGAGUUCGGGGUGUGCGCGGGUCGUCUGCCAGUCAGCUGCUCCAAUAAACACAAUGCCACUCUUUGUUUUAUUUUCAUGACGCAGAAAAUUGCGGAGGCCCGAACCCGGAGCCGCGGCUGCAUGGCGUCCUGCAAUCAGGCCAGCGCGUGCCGUCCGGAUUAUGUCGUUAAUUUCUCUCAGAAAGAAGGAGAGGUGGAGACGGGGGAUUAAAAAAAAGAAAAAGAUUUGAGCCAAUAAUAAUUAUUAGCCUAAAGCGGGGCGGGAGGGGUGUUUAUUACUGAGGAGGAGAAAAGUGACAGAUUGAGUGUAGGAUGGACAGGAGCGGCCGUUAUUGGCUUCGGAAGAAACGAAGAGUCCCGGCUAAUGCUAAUAAUAGUAUUAAUAGAGAAGUGCACAUUUUAAUGCCAGUCAGGUAGAUCUCUGUGAGCGGAUGCUAAAAAAAAACAAGAAGGUGUUUCAAUAAAUAUAUAUAAGAAUGUAGAUACAUUAUGUGCAUUCUAAUUAAGCAUAACACACAAGCCCUACUAAACAUUAAGUAUUUGCGAGAGAACUGUAGGACUUAGCUUAGUUAAACUGAUACAGCUUUAGCUAAUAGCAACAAUGCUAAUGUUCGUUCAAACUUGCUAGUUGAGCUUCUUAAAGCUGUUAGUCGUUUACAAUGAAUGUUUUUUUGUGUUUAUUUUAUUUACAUUAUUUUAACUCUUUAUAUAAUUUCUUUUUAUCACCAAUUAUAUUUUUGCUUAUUUUUAACAUAGGUUAAUUAAUUAGCAAAACUAUCUUUAUGAUAUGGAGUUUUUUUUUUCUGUUACACUUUCUACUUUUUACAGAAAUAAUUAAAAUUGUACAAAAAUAAAAUGUAUACAAAUUGCUGCAAUAGCUCCAUUGGUUAAAUUCUAGUAGUUUGUAUGCAUCUUUAUGGCAAUAUUGGGAAAUUUUGCUUAAUAGUUACAAUGUUGACUAUUUGUCACAGUGGAACUACUUUAUUUCCACCUUUGUUAGCAGUUAAAUUAGCAUACGUUGAAACAAAAUGCAAGCAGACGAUUUUACAGAUUUAUAUUAAUUGUUCUAACAGUUUGUUUUAACAGUGUACUCAAAGUGAAAUGCUACUAUUAGAACAUGCUGCGCUAUUAAAGGUUUUAAAGUCCUUCAAAAUUCUAUCUGGAGUGAUUAAUUCAUGCUCAUUAACACAAAGAUUCAGCUCUGAGUCCAAGAAAGAAAAAGAAAAACUUUCCUCUUAAUCAGACAAAAAUGUGGUCUUUUUCAUUUGUUUUAUUGCUUUGAUUAUAUUUUAUUUGUUCUGUCUCGAUCUUCAAUUGGUGCUAUGAAAUCAUUUUAGAUUUGAGAUGGUCUCCUGGUGUACUCGAAGAUAAAUAGUGCUCAAUCUUCUCGUUUGUUUUGAUUAACCGCUCCUCUCUAAUCAACACUUCUCCAAAGUGUCGCCUCUUAAAUCUAAUUACCGGGAGCAAUUCAUUACAAAGAAGAGGGGGAGGAGGAUGCGCCAGAAUGAGUAGGCAUUUAUGUUUCAUACUUUUCCCUAAAGUUUCCAGUUUAAAUCGUUAAGCACUAGUUUUAAGGAAACAAACAAAAUCACCCAAAUAGAUGCAGAGGUGUGAUUAAAUGCGUGCUCAGUUUGCAGCCCCAUUGUUUGUUCACUUAAAGCCUUUUGUUAUCAGCAUUACUUAUCGGUCAACACUGCGCUUUGUUUCUGCAAAUCAGCUGCUUCGUCCCCAACCUGUGGGUGUAUAUGCUAACUGAGUUCUCAGUUGGGGCUCAACGAGAGUGCGCAUUUUAAGGACAAUGUUUGUUGUCUUUUUUUUGUUUGUUUGUUUCUUUUUGGUGGCGCAAGAGAUUUUCUUUAGGCGGGGUUACUGAAGCUGUUGGAGGGAGGGGCGUAGGGGUUGUUGGCGUAAACGCCUGUCAGCCAGACAGAGCAUCUUCAGUCCAGUGGGGACAGCUGGGGGUCUCCAUUCUGCUUUAAGAGCCCCGAAAGUUUGAGGACGCCCACUUUGAUUGUGUGUGUGGGUGUGUGUGUGUGUGUGUGUGUGUGUGUGCGUAAAGGCUGCGCGUAAAACCUGGCGGACAUACACUACUGUUAAUAUUUUUAUGUUUUCCUUCAGAUUCAUCUGGACCAUUUCAGAAUUCGGAGACGCCAGUGGAGGAAACGCUGUUCUUAAUAUUAUUAUUUGCGCCAUUUUCUUUACUACUUUUUGUAAUCGGGGUGCCGGAGGCCAACAUGAUGUCCUAUUUGAAACAGCCGCCGUACACGGUGAACGGACUGAGCUUAUCUACCUCAGGAGUGGACUUAUUGCAUCCUUCAGUGGGAUACCAAGCGACCCCUCGCAAGCAGAGGAGGGAGAGGACCACCUUCACCCGGGCCCAGCUCGACGUGCUGGAGAACCUGUUCUCCAAGACCCGCUACCCUGACAUCUUCAUGAGGGAAGAGGUGGCUUUAAAGAUCAACCUUCCUGAAUCCAGAGUGCAAGUCUGGUUUAAAAACAGACGAGCCAAGCAUCGCCAGCAGGCCCAGCAGACCCAGGCGGGCGUGCAGAACAAGUCUGUCAGCAGGCCGGUGAAAAAGAAAGGCUCCCCGGUGAGAGAGGCCAGCUCUGAGAGCGGAGCCAGCGGCCAGUUCACGCCGCCCUCCAGCACCUCCAUGCCGGCUGUGAGCAGCAAUAGCAGCAGCAACAGCAGCAGCAACAGCAGCGGUAGCGCGGCGCCUGUCUCCAUCUGGAGCCCGGCCUCCAUCUCCCCGCUCUCCGACCCGCUCUCCUCCACAACCUCCUCCUCCUCUUCCUCCUGCAUGCAGCGGUCUUACCCAAUGACCUACACCCAGGCGACGGGCUACAACCAGGGCUACACGGGUUCCUCGUCCUACUUCACCGGGAUGGACUGCGGCUCCUAUCUGUCGCCCAUGCACCACCAGCUGUCCGCCGCGGGCUCCACCAUGAGCCCCAUGGGCGGCAGCGGGGUGACCAGCCACCUGAGUCCGGCGUCCUCUCUCUCCUCGUCGGCGUAUGGAGGGACGGGGCUCGGCUUCACCGGGGCUGCGGACUGUCUGGACUAUAAGGACCAAACUGCCUCAUCGUGGAAGCUAAAUUUCAAUUCGGACUGUCUGGAUUAUAAAGACCAAGCAGCUUGGAAGUUUCAAGUGUUGUGAGGGAAGAAAAAUGGAAGAAAUUGGGAACUUUUAUGAACCCAUGCAGAGCCGGUCUAAGACUGAAUGCGGUCCUGAGCGGGUGGCACCACUAGCAACCACACCACCACCUAUAUUAACUUAUUGGGCUUUUUUUUUAUUCCCACUUUCACAGUUUGCUAACAUAACAGUUGGGUUGAUCAUAUCACACAAUUAUGGUAUAAUAUUUCACAAUAUGUGUUUAAAUAAAGGGAUACAGACAAGUAAACUGUGGAGAAAUCACUGGCCAAAUUUAAAAGGUUCAUUCUCGAUUAACAGACAUCUUUGGAUAUGUUCUGUGUGGUGGCAUGCUGGGGGUCCUAAGCAGCAGUCGGCUCUGCAUUCAUGCAAAAAUUAAAAUUUAUUUUCUUUUUUUUUUUCUUCCCUCCACAAGAAUUCAGGCCCUAACUUCUACCUCGGGUCGAGCAGCGCAGGACUGUCUCACACUUGUUGGACUAACUUAUUGACCAUCGAGACUCAACUUUGAUCAGGGGGACAGAACAAAUCUGCUGACCAGAAAAGGAGAAGGGGGGAAAAAAACAAUCAAGAGAGACUAGCUUGGAUGAGUUUGAAGGAUUGGUCAGGUCUUUUUCCUGCUAAGCUCCUUAAAGACUCUCCUUUUUUUUCUUCUUCUUGUUGGCACGCUGAAUGGGCGCCCCUUUGAUCAAAGCGAUGUGCAUGAGUGUCUGUGUUGUAAGGAGUGUGUGUGUGUGCGAGGGAGGGAGGUGCUGGGGGGGCGGGGAGGGGGUGAGAGUGUGAAAGCAGCUCUGACGCGAACUUGGAUGCACUACUUAAUUUAUGGAAAAAGAAAAAAAAAUAUACGAAUAUUUGACAAUCAGUCCGUUCGCGCGUGAGCCGAAAGGUAUUUUAUGUGUUUUUAAAUUUUCAUUUCUCCCCUUGUAAAAUUUAUUUUUACCCGACUUGUGAUUUGCUUUUUUGUUGGUUUGUUUUUUGUAUAAACUGUAUGCAAUUCUGCCUUGCGUAAAAUGCGCAGGAAAAGCAAGCUGUGAAUUUCACAUUUUUAUUUCCAUGUUUCCAGGGAUAACUAAAAGAAGGAUUUUAUUAUUUUUCAUAAUAAAUCAGGAACAACAACAGUGUACAUCUUGCAUUUAAAGGUCCAUUCAAAACUGUAAAGAGCGACAAAACCCACUAUGAAACAAUAAAAACCUUUUGA